AUGUUUUGGUUGGUGCUUGGUUCAAUUUUGGGUGCUUUGAAAUCCAUUUGCAACGUAAUUGGAAUGACAAAGAUGACCCCAGCUAUCAAAGAUCUCUUGCCCAGGGUGACGCCCAUAUUGAAGAAUCGUCACGAAAAAGUACAAGAAAACUGCAUUGACCUCGUCGGCGCAAUCGCCGAUCGUGGAUCAGAGUUUGUGUCGGCUCGUGAAUGGAUGCGUAUCUGCUUUGAACUUUUCGAAUUGCUAAAGCACUUAAAAAGAGUAUACGACGGGCUGCGAUCAAUACUUUUGGAUUCAUUGCGAAGGCCAUCGGUCUCCAUGACGUUCUAGGCGACUUUGUUAAACAACUUGAAAGUGCAGGAGCGACAACUGCAUGUUUGCACUACCGUAGCUAUCGCCAUUGUCGCGGAAACCUGUGCACCAUUCACAGUGCUACCGGCUAUUAUGAAUGAGUACCGAGUACCGGAGAUGAACGUGCAGAAUGGAGUCUUAAAGAGCUUUGUCGUUCAUGUUUGAGUAUAGUGGUGAAAUGGCUAAAGACUACAUCUACGCCGUCACGCCAUUCCUUGUUGACGCUAUGAUGGAGCGAGAUCAAGUGCACAGGCAAAUUGCUAUCGAUGCAGUUGCGCAUCUCUCACUAGUAAGCUGACAACCGC